AGAGAUGGAUUUAUUUCGCCGAAGUUGUUGCAUUUUCCGUCCUGCAGUAUGUCGUCGGUGGCCUGAUUUGACAUUUUAUCGGUUCUCGGGUCAUAACAAAUGGUCAAAGAUCAAACACCGCAAAGAAAGUGCAGAUAUGUGGAGAUCCAAAGUUAUUGCAAAACUUGUUCGGGAAAUUCCAGCUGCAGUGAGAGAAGGUAGUGCAGACGUCAACCACAAUCUUCAACUCGCCAGCUUAGUGUCUAAGGUUGUUGUUGUUGUUGUUGUUGUUGGUGGUCGGGGUGAAGGGGAGAAGAUGAUGGUUGAAGCUCGUGGCCAGACAGGAUAUGCUUUGUUCAUUGAAACUGUAACUGACAACAAGCAAAGAACUCGAUACGAAAUUCAACGCAUUCUAGUCAAGAAAUGGGCUUCUCUCCUUUGAGCAGUGUUUGCUGUGAUGGUGGCAAAGUAAAUCGCGAGAGCGAUGAUGAAAAUGUAGAAUGACUGGAAGUGCGUCUCAUCAAAUGCUCUUCCUUGCACAAGAGAGUUACUCAGCGAUGCUUUGUGCAUUCUGAAGCUACACUGAGCGCUUGCGUGAACACUAAAAUGAGGGGAGCAGGAGCAACUGUUUGGAGACUUAGGUUUAUUUAAGCCUGUCAAAAGAUGGU